GUCAGCGGUUGGUGGUGGGCGGGUGGGUGAUGGCGGGGAUGGUAGUGACAUGGAGCUACAGCAGUAACCUCAUGUCCCUGUUGGCGGUCCGACACGUGCCUCAACCUCUCCACACCAUCAGGCAGCUCCUCGACCAGUCCUCCACCAUCGUCAUCAUGGAACCCAAUACUGCCGUCACUGAUACUUUAGCUGGUAUGUUUGUGCUGCUGGGUGCUGGUCUCCAAUUGGCUACCCUUGUGUUCUGCCUGGAGGUGGUGGUCGGCAGGAGGAAGAGCUCACCAAGGACUCACACACUCAGCUCUAAGCUCUAGUAAUGGAGUUCGGGAAGUAACAAGAAGUAACACCAAGUUUAGCUCUAAGUUUGAGAGGCUUAUGUUGAAGUGGUAUUUCAAGAUCGACUCUUAAGUUCAUAUAAUAGAUCAUGUUCAGCUAAAAGUUCAUAAGGAAGAUCAGAAGCUCUAAGUUCAAUAAAUUUACAUACUAAGUGCGUCAUUAAGCUCUAAGAAUGUCAAUCAGUAGUAAUGACUAACUAGCUGGCUAAAAGAACUUUGAACCCAAUUCCUUCGACUAUCAGCCCUGGGAACAGCUGAUCAGUCUUGAUAAUAAUAACAACCGCAAACACACACACACAAAAAAAAAUUAUAACCUUUGUCGACUCUCCUUAGUCAAAUUGCCUUUCUGUUUACUAGUGUUGUUUACCUGUACUGUCAGGGCACACGGGAAACUCUACUCUGCUCUAUGUGCACCGUAUACCUAUAUUGUCUACUAUACGCUGAACUCUAUAACUGCAGUAAUUUAUAUAAAUGCCUUAUAUGUCUCUCCAAUUGUAAACCUGUAUGGUAAUUUUAGUGAAUAAAUAUUAAUAUUAUUAUUUGCAUAGUGUCAAAAUACAAUAGUGACCGCAGUAAAUAUUCGAAAUCACAGAAAAUGUA